AUGCGUUACACAUACCUCUUCUCCGCAUUCGCUGAGGUCGCCACCGAGACAGCAACACCUACAUCCUCAUCCUUAUCAGCCCAAACCAGUGCCGUCGAGAUCCCUGCUGCAUGGAAUAACGUCGACUUGGACAAAUGGAUCAGGAUGAUCGUAAACGAGACUGUAAUCGAGCCAAUUACCAACGUCACCGAGAAAGCCGAGAAGGAAUCCCACAUCGAUACUGCACUCGGUAUCAUGGAAUGUUACUUUGACAUCUCCUCUGCCGCUAGCUGCGAGAAGAACGUCCUAAAGCCCUUUGCGUAUUAUACCAGAUUGGGCGUCUACUACUCGCGCGAGUGGUACAAAAAGAUCUACAACAAGUACUACGUGCAAGUCAAGCAAUGGAAGGCCAAGGCCACAUCAUUCGUGACAGACUUCACUCAUCACGAUCUCAGCUGCAAGAAGGGUUGCAAUUACUUCGCUCUUGCUAAGAAGGCAUUGAAGUCAUGGAAGAGUGUCCUCUCUGGUUCAUCCUCAUUGCUCGGCGGAUUUGACUUCUCCUCUGCUGGUCUUUCAUUUGCAUCGGGAGUUGUCGCUGCUACCAAGUCUAAUGUUACUGAGAUCUUCCAAAAGGAGCUUAGUCAACCCGACAACGUUAAGGAGGCUCUUCUCAAUACUGCCGGCCUCGUGAAGAAUGCCUCUGUUGCUGGAUUUUACGCCUCUGCUAUCAACGUUGCCUGGGCUCUGGAGAACGUCUAUGUCGCCAAAGCAUCCGACAAGAUCAAUGACCAGAAGCCGGCCGAUAUGGACCUUUCAAUUCUGGGUGACAAUGCUCGCACCUGCGAUGACAACGAAACCUGCUACUUUUUCAUCGUCGCUCAGAACAUCAGCAACAUCUCUGGCAACUGGACUGCCACUAAGGGUCUUGACAAGAUUCAGGAAUACAGAAUUACCUUGCUUGAGCUGGCACAGUCUGCCACUUGGUUCCAAAAGACCUUCGGUGGCUACUCAGCUCAGCCUAAUGCGACUGCUCUUCUGCAGUCCCUCCAGGCCAAUGACACUAAGCCUAACCUGAGCUACUUCGUCAACCUGCCUGUUAUCGACUUCGACAAUGUCAAGUACGCCAGCUCGGACAAGUCUUCCGCGGAGAAGACUUUCCUGGGUGAGCUCAACCGGGAGAUCAGCUCGAUCAAAAGCUGGCCUUACGCCAAGUCAUCCAAGUCAGCCAACUGA